AAAAAAAUUAGGUUAAACACUUAUCAAUCCCUAAACACAUCCGCCUUUGUCUUUCUCCCGUUUCUGCCGUCAUCCGCCUUUGUCUUUCUCCCGUUCGCCGUCGUCCGCCUUUGCCUUUCUCCCGUUUCUGCCGUCGUCCUUACUUCUCUGUCAAACUGCAAGCCACAGUAGCAGCAGAAUUGAUUGAGGAUGAAAACAAGGAGACGAAAUUAUGAUAAAGACAGAAUGAGUGAUUUACCUGAUAGUGUUUUACUUGAAAUAUUAUCGAAUUUGAAGAUAAAUCAAGCUGUUGAAAUGUCCAUCCUCUCCACAAGAUGGAAGAAUCUCUGGAAAUAUAUUUCCGUUCUUUCUUUGCAUUAUAGAAGCUUCAAAUCUAUAGAAUGUUUCAUCAAUUUUGUUUCUCAAUUUUUCAGUUUUCGCAAUGAAAAAACCUCUGUCCAAGCUCUCACUUUUGAGUGCCGCUACUAUUUUGACCCUCUACUGCUGAAAAGGAUCCUAAAAUACUUAUUUUCACAUAAUGUCCAACAUUUAGAUAUGACUGUGCCUUGUACCCUUAAACAGUUUCCACUUUCCUCCAACUUUUCAUAUCAUUCUUUAACCUCUCUUAAACUUAGUACAUCCCAAGAAUUGGAUACAGUACCACCCGUUUUUCCAAAUUCUCUUAAACUUCCUGCAUUAACCAACUUGUCUUUGUAUACGUUUACCUUUCGCUGCACUAAUGAGGAUGAUGAGGAUGGCUAUGCCGACCCCUUUUCGGGAUUUCAAAGUUUGAAUACUUUGUUCAUUGAAUCUUGUCCACUUUUUAAUGAUAAAGAAGGCCUCUUCAUAUCAAGUCUCUCGCUUGUUAGUUUAACAAUACUACUUCCUAUCGAUUACGACUUUUACAAAUUCAAGUUAUCUACCCCAAAUCUUUCCACCUUUCAUUUUGCUGGCCGUCCUUUUCAGAAUCUAUCUGGCCACAAUAACAUUACCAAUUUCUCUUUUAUUAAACAUGUUAACAUUCAUAUACCAUUAUGCAAAUUCUUAAAAUAUCCUUCCCCUUCCAUUAUUCUAUUCGAUUGGCUUCUUGAACUUCACCUUAUGGAAUCCUUCACAAUCUCUUCAAACGCUCUACAGAUUCUCAACUCAGUUCCUGAUUCAUGGAAGAUCGAUUUCCCUUACUUACAUAACUUGAAGUUACUCAAAAUAAUAACCAGCGAAGUUUUACCACCACCCAAUGGAACAGAAGACUUUUUGCUUCGAAACUCACCGUCAGCAAAGAAAGUCAUUUUCCCGGAAACUACCUUGAAGGAGAUUAUCAAACAAGAAUUGAGACGCGAUAAACAACUCCUUAAGAGAUUCGGCCAUGUUUUUGAUCGUUCUGGGUUGAAUUUAGACGGUACAGCUCUCCGUAAGAGAUUCAGCUACACCUAAUUAGGGUCUGUGUUUGAAACAUUUUUGAAUUUUAGUUUUAAAAAGUAUUUUUAGGAGGAGAAUUGUCAAAAAUAUUUGUAUGAUAGACCCAAUGGAACAGAAGACUUUGGUUUUUUCCCAAGAGAUCUUUCCAUAACUAAAUAGCAUUAUUAAGACUUAUUUAUUUUUGGAUGAA